AUGACCGCCUCAGAGAACAUCCCGCCUCUUGCCCUCCCCUUUGUGUCGGAGCGGGCGAAGAAGCUGUUGGACUUGGUCGAGAAAUUCGUCGACGAAGAAUGUAUCCCCGCCGAUGUCGUCUACUCGUCACAAAUCGGCGUGGGUGAGGCCCGCUGGCAUGGCCAUCCUUCCGUACUCGAUGACCUGAAGAAGAAGGCCCGUGCGUUGGGCAUCUGGAACAUGUUCCUGCCCAAGAACCAUUUCAAGGACGGGCCUCAGUUCACCAACGUCGAGUAUGGGCUUAUGGCCGAGCAGUUGGGCAAGAGCAUUACAGCAAGUGAGGCAUGCAACUGCGCCGCUCCCGACACCGGCAACAUGGAAGUCAUCGCCCGCUAUGGCUCCCCGGCACAGAAGGAGAGAUGGCUGAAGCCUCUUCUCGCUGGCGAGAUCCGCUCAGGCUUUCUCAUGACGGAACCAGAUAUCGCCUCCUCGGACGGCAGCAACAUCAAGCUCCGCAUCGAGCGUAAGGGUGACCAUUACCUCCUCAACGGAUCAAAAUGGUGGUCGUCAGGCGCCGGUGAUGACCGCUGCAAGAUCUUUAUUGUCAUGGGCAAAUCCGACCCUAACAACCCAGACAAGUAUAAACAGCAGAGUAUGCUGCUGGUGCCGGCCGACACUCCGGGAAUCAAAGUCCACCGCAUGCUCUCGGUGUUUGGAUACGACGACGCCCCUCACGGCCAUGGUCACAUCACAUUCGACAAUGUGAAGGUGCCCCUUGACGCGCUCAUUUUGGGCGAGGGCAGAGGCAACGAGAUCAUGCAAGGCCGCCUGGGACCAGGCCGAAUCCACCACGCCAUGAGAGCAGUCGGCGCCGCUGAAAAGGCCCUCGAGUGGCUGAUCAACCGCCUCAACGACGACAGGAAGAUCCCCUUCGGAAAGCCUCUCCGCGAGCAUGGCGUGCUGUUGGAAUGGGUCGCCAAAGCAAGGAUCGAGAUCGACGCCUCGAGACUGGUCGUGUUGAACGCUGCCGUCAAGAUCGAUCAAAGGGACGCCAAGUUCGCACUCAAGGAGAUCGCCGAGGCGAAGGUCAAGGUGCCCCAAAUGGCGCUGGAGGUCAUUGAUCGAGCAAUCCAGGUGCAUGGCGCUAUGGGCGUAUGCCAGGAUACACCACUGGCUCACAUGUGGGCACAUUUGAGGACGUUGAGAAUCGCCGACGGACCCGAUGAGGCUCAUCUCAACCAACUCGGCCGUCGCGAGAACAAGACGCGCAAAGACGAGAUCCGGGCCCGCCUCGCACGCCAACAGGCCAAGACUGAGGAGAUCUUCCGAUCCAAGGGCCUGGACCGCAACGAGCUCGGCUCUGCCAAGUUCAAGGCGAAGCUAUAA